AUGCCUCUCAUCAACGACGUUCACGACUCGCUACCCUACAUCGACGCGGCGCCCACAGCGUCCGCUCACGCGCGCGCCCAGCAGCUCAUCAACGCCGAGCUCUCCCAAGACCACGCCACUACACUCCAUCCCUGGAUUCCUGAAAUCCCAGAAACCAAAUUCUCACCAUUCAUCCAACAAGAACUCGAGCGCAAAGCAGCCGGUGCACCUCUGACCGGCGGCAUCGACCUCGCCCGUUACGAAGCACCAGAAGCGCCAGCCCCAUCAAAUGGCGCACCGGAUCUAGACGAGUGGCGCAAGACACUGCAGAAGGCGUACGCAUCUAGCUCGCAUCUCGCGAAGCGCCAUGAGAACCUGACUUUGCUGGAAGAGCACGGCAAGAAUGCCUGGUUGAUUGGAAACUCGCAGUUGGAGGAGAUCUUGAGUGAGCUGGAGAAGGAGCUCGCUGAGACCAAGGAGGCUUCUGCGGAGGUCAACAAGCAGAGGAAGAUCGCGCAAGAGGCUAGCCAUGGUGAAUUGGUCAGCUUGGAGGAAACGUGGAAGAGGGGUGUCGGGGCUAUUCUCGAUGUUGAGGUUGCUUGUGAGGGUCUGCGGAUGCAGAUUCUUGAGCAUCGGAGACAGAUGGCUCAGCAGCAGGCACGCUAG